AUGAGUGAAGAAUCUUUUCAUAUUAUUGUAGAUGCAAAUAAUUUGUCCGAGGCAACCAAGAUUGGCUCUGUCAAGUUGAUGGAGGCCAAAUGGAACAUUGAAAGUCAUCACCAACCCCCAACACCAUCUGCUGUUGUUGGCAACAUAGAAGAAAUGCAAGAUUUCCAAGCAUAUUUGUGA